AUUAACUCAAGUCAUAUGAGUCGGAUGAAUCCGGACAACAAUAUCCAAAACCGAGUCCAUGUCGUGUCUCUUCCUAUUUCCUACGCAAACACAAAGUCUACCUUCAUUAACUACCAAUCAAAGACGAGAAGAAUGUUAGCUAUUCAAACGCGAACAUGACUCAUGGAAUGUAUUACUAGUGGUUGGUUAUGACUUUAUUAACUUCGUCAACAAUGUUCCUUCCCUUGUGCCAUUGCACACGCUUUAGCUUUCCCUUUAAUUUCCCAAAUUAGUUUUUUGCUUUCUUCUCUUUCCUCUUCUAUUUUCAUUUCUAGAAUUUUUAGUUACAAUAAAUGCACAAGUUUCCUUUUUUCUCUCUAUUUUAACGGUGUUAAAUAAAAGAGUGUCAAGAAAAAAGAUGGGUUGUUGUUACAAUGGUUUUUCAUGGGGAUAAAAAUAUUGGGUAGUGUUUAUUUUGGUUAAUUUGUGUUGUUUUAACAUAAAGUUUUGAUUUUUAAAUUUUUGGGUUUUGAAAAUGUGGAGUAGAUGGUGUUAUGGUGGUGGUUUUGGGUUAUUGAGGAAAAGGGUGUGUUCUGUUUUCAAUGGAAAUCAUUGUUAUGGUGGAAAGAUUCAACCUUUUGAUCCUUUUCUAUUUGGUGUAAGGGAUUUCACAAUGGAGUGUGGUGAAAAGAGAAAAGGGGUUACAUAUUUUUCAGAUGUUGUAAUGAACCAAAUGAAGAGGAAUGUGUGUUCUUCAUCUUUUGUUUCUUCACCUGCUGGUAAUAGCGGCAACUCUAAUUCAUCAGAGAGUGGUGGUGGUGGGGGUGUUAAUAGCAAUGGUAAUGGUAAUGGUAAUGGGAAACAAGACACUAUAUCAUUCUGUGAAGCUAAGAAGCUUAUGAGAUUGGUGAAUGUGGAAUCUCUUAAGAUGAAACUUGGUAUGGAUGGUAAGGAAGUUAUUGCUUAUAGUGAGCUUGUUGAAGCUUGUGAGAGUAUGGGUGUUGCUAGGAAUUCUGACGAGGCUUCAGCAUUUGCUAAGGUUUUAGAUGAAGCUGGUGUUAUUCUUCUCUUCCGAGAUAAGGUUUAUUUGCAUCCUGAUAAGGUGGUGGAUCUGGUUAGAAAAGCAGUUCCGCUAGCACUAACCGAAGAGGACCAUCCUAUGAGGGACGAAUUAAAGAUACUACUCGAAAAGAAAGCAGAAAUCGAUGUGUUAGCGCAUAAGCAGAUGCGCCGUGUCCUAUGGUCUGGACUUGGUUUCGGCGUAGUUACUAUCAGUAUGUUCUUCAGGCUAACAUUUUGGGAAUUCUCAUGGGAUGUAAUGGAGCCUAUUACAUUUUUCACAACAACAACUGGUAUAGUUAUAGGCUAUGCUUACUUCUUAUUCACUUCAAGAGACCCUACUUACCAAGAUUUCAUGAAGAGACUCUUUAUUUCAAGACAAAGGAAGCUUUACAAGAGGUAUAACUUUGAUGUUGAGAGAUGCAAGGAGCUUCAAUACAAGUGUAAAACACCUUUAGAUGCCAAAACCAUUUUGAAAAAUCGAAUAGGUGUGGAUCUUGAUCUCGAUGAUGCUUUACACAGGGAUUAACAUUUUUUUCAGAUGAUUUUAUAAUUUUUGUUUUCUUUUUUUAAAUUAAUCUCUGUUUUUUUAGAAUUAAUUUUGUUUCUCUCUAUUUUCAUAUUGGUGAUGAGAAGCUUAUUCUAACUUAUGUUUUGGCUUGUUACUUGUGAGCCACCAAUUUUUUUUUUACUUAUUUAACUGUUAUAUGUACUUUAAUACAAAAGAUGAUUACAUAUUCUUCCAUUUGUAACAUCUCAUUCUUAUUUUACUUGUGACAUGAGCAACGGUUAAGAUUUAGUUACUUUCAUAGUUGUUAUUGUAAUGAAA